UCACAAUUACUUUAUUUUCUAUUUGAACAAACGUCAAAAUGGAAGAAGCUAGUGAGAAAAAUUACAAGGAGGCGAUUCAUUCAAACGAUUGUGACAUUAAUGAAGUAUCAACCAAUACCUCAUUGACAAAUUAUGGAAAAGACUAUUUGGUAAUUGAUCACGGAGAACAGCUACAGCAACAUUAUGAAACAAGUCAACGGGACUUACAGAACCAGGUUCAAUUGAUACGUGCCGAGUUAGCGACCCUUCGUGAAGUGGUUUUGGGGUUGGUCUUUAUUCUAGGGCCAUUGCUUGCAGGAUGGACCGCUGUUUUGCUGACAAGGCUGUUAGGAUACAGGUCAUACGAAACAUAUGCAAUUUCUGUGAACGUUGGAAUGCUAGCUGCUGUUCUUCUUUGUGAUGGUCCGCCAUUCUUGAAUGCCUUUCAAAGGCUAUUCUAUCACGUGGAGCUUCCAGCGGGUAACCUCUUCCCACAAGAGUACGCGGGAAAGACAAAUCCUUCUUCCUCAGAAAGUAACCAGAUUACCGAACCCGAUGUCUUUGAUGAUGCCACUGAGAGUGAGAAUGAAAAUGUUCCUGCAGACUCGGUUGAGAAUCUGAGAAGCACUGUUGACGAUGUGGAAGACCAAGAGGAUGAUCAAGAAAUUGAAUAGUUGAUCCAAUAUUUUUUUACAUAAUUAAAAUUGUUAUCACUAAA